AAUUAAAAUAUAUAAACGAUGCUCAGUAGGAGAAAAGUAAAGCAGAGGAGGAACAGGGUGUUGGUGGAGAAGGUGGUCAGGCUUUUCAUCUGUAGUCAGGCUUCCCUCACUGUGAAGUUGACCACCAAGCAAGGAACUGAAGGACGUUAAGAGAAUGAGCCAUGAGGGCACAUGGGUGAAGAACAAUCGUAAAGUCCCAGAGGCCGAACUGACCCAGGCUGAAAGUAGUAGGAAUGAAGCUGGAGAACUCUGGGGUCAGACCAGAUACUCAGAUGAGCGCCACAAGUCUGGGCAUAUACAGGUUGCUGCCAAAUCUGUGAGAUUCAACCUCCGCACCUCUGGGGACUCAGACCAUGAAGGAUGCUACCUCUCCCUGGGCCACAACCAGCCCUUGGAAGACUGUGGCUUCAACAUGACAGCCAAAACCUUUUUCAUCAUUCAUGGAUGGACGUUGAGCGGCAUGUUUGAAAGUUGGCUAUACAAGCUGGUGUCAGCCCUGCAGAUAAGAGAGAAAGAAGCCAACGUUGUCGUGGUUGACUGGCUUCCCCUGGCCCACCAGCUUUACACGGACGCGGUCAAUAACACCAGGGUGGUGGGACACAGUGUUGCAAGGAUGCUCGACUGGCUGCAGGAGAAGGAUGAUUUUUCUCUCGGGAAUGUCCACUUGAUCGGCUACAGCCUGGGAGCUCACGUGGCUGGGUACGCUGGCAACUUCGUGAAAGGCACGGUGGGCAGAAUCACAGGUUUGGAUCCUGCCGGGCCCUUGUUUGAAGGGGUGGACAUCCACAAGAGGCUGUCCCCUGACGACGCAGACUUUGUAGAUGUGCUCCACACCUACACACGUUCCUUCGGCCUGAGCAUCGGGAUUCAGAUGCCCGUGGGCCACAUCGACAUCUACCCCAACGGCGGUGACUUUCAGCCAGGCUGUGGACUCAAUGACGUCUUGGGGUCAAUUGCAUAUGGAACAAUCACGGAGGUGGUGAAAUGUGAGCACGAGCGGGCUGUACACCUCUUUGUCGACUCCCUGGUGAAUCAGGACAAGCCGAGUUUUGCAUUCCAGUGCACGGACUCAAAUCGCUUCAAAAAGGGGAUCUGCCUCAGUUGCCGGAAGAACCGGUGUAACAGCAUAGGCUACAAUGCUAAGAAAUCGAGGAGCAAGAGGAACAGCAAAAUGUAUCUCAAAACCCGGGCAGGCAUGCCUUUCAGAGUUUACCAUUAUCAGAUGAAAAUCCAUAUCUUCAGCUACAAGACGAUGGGAGAAAUCGAACCCAACUUUUAUGUCACCCUUUAUGGUACCAGUGCAGACUCCCAGCUUCUGCCUUUGGAAAUAGUGGAGCAGAUUGGGCUGAAUGCCACCAACACCUUCCUGGUCUACACCGAAGAGGACCUGGGAGACCUCCUGAAGAUCAAACUCACCUGGGAGGGGACAGCUCAGUCCUGGUACAACCUGUGGAAGGAGCUUCGAAGCUACCUGUCUCAGCCCCGCAGCAUUGAGCGGGAACUGAAUAUCAGGCGCAUCCGGGUCAAGUCGGGGGAAACUCAGCGGAGAUUAACUUUUUGUGUGCAAGACUUUGAGAACACCAGCAUCGCCCCUGGCCAAGAGCUCUGGUUCCACAAGUGUCGAGAUGGCUGGAGAAUGAAAAAUGAAACCAGGGUUCCCUACAGCCUAGCUGUGGAGCUUCUCUGAAGGGCCAGCAAGGCCCUCCCACCCCCGCCUUCCAGGGACACGGAGGAAAGUUACUGCUGAGGACCCACCUGAUGGAAGGACCCCUCUUGGCCUGGACCCUCGAGCCCCGGGAAGAGUCUUUGCUGGGCCCAAGACCUUACCUCUUAGGAUGGUUGGGACUUCUCGCCAGAGGGGACCACGCCCUGCUGUUCCUGCUGUUCCUGCUGCUCUAAAAUGGCUCUGACUCCAGACCUGUGUGCAAAGGGCCAAAGGCCCAGGGCCUCUUGUGCACCCCGGGCUGGCUUCUAAGUGACUGGAUGAGCCUGGGCUUUCCCUGAUAAGGAACACUUGUGGAAGUGCGUGGAAGGCUGUCAACUGCCUGACCUGACCUGAGAGGUGGGGAGAGGUCUCGCAUCAGGAUGGCAGAAUUGUGAUCUCAUUCCCCCGAACAGAGGGGAGUGAAGACCGGGGGUGGUGGCGAGGCCCUCACUGUUGGGGUUCUGUGGGCUGCACUGAUUAAUACUGGUUAUAUUUCAGACAUUCCAUCCUGCUCCCCAGCUCACUCUUUAAAGCACACAUCGUUGGCUUUCUCGGUUUUCCAUUGCUUAUUUUUUGAUUGAACAAAUGCUUAUUAAGCACUUAACCUUAAUUAGCACAUGGCAGUAGACGCAUUCGUAAACCUGUCCAGACUUGGAAUCUGAGGGGGUUGGGAUUUCUAGACUCCCUUCCAGUGUAGGUGAUCCAUGGAUAUACGUGUGAUGAAGGGCACGGGGGACACUGGGGGCUAAGGGUGUGAGAGUUGGGGAUCCUAGGCCUUCAGGGGUUUCAGCCAGUUCUGGAAGAGUGACACAUUUGAUUGCUUGCAUGGGAGCAAGCCGAGUGUCAUACAUGCUGGGGACAGACGGGUGGCCAACUGCCAAAUGGGAUUGCUUCAGAGCAGUAUCUCUUCUGCUUAGACAGAUAGAAGGCAUUUACAUAUCUGUUCUACAGAUCCGUUCACACAGAAACCAGCUCCUAUCAAACAGACCUGGCACUAAGAUUUAAUACAGUGCUUCUUCCUUCUUGGAAUACGCUCUUCUCAUACCCGUGCCUUCUCUGUGUUGAGCUCAGAAAAGAUUCCAAUUCUCUAUCUUGAUAUGAAUGAAUCUAUGUGAUAUCUGGGAAACGGUUUUAUACUUUUCCAAAGAUUUGCACGUGCAUCACCUAACUAGAGACUCACAACAGGAGGUGAGCAGGGCAGCUCAUGUCUCAUUUGACAACACUGAGGCUUCGUGAGUUCCGGCCACAUGCCUGGAAUGAUAUACCAAGUUGGUGGUGGAGUCAGGGGAUGACCCAGAUUUCCUGGAGGCAAGUCUGUGGUGUGCUCAUUUCUGCAACUUUAUCAAGAGGUCUAUAGCCUUUUCCCACCAGUAUACCCCAGAUGUGACAAACAAGGAAUUGUUUUUCAGAGCCAUCCAUAAAACCAUAAACCUUUCGUUAAUAUAUAACCAGGAAAACAACUGUUCCCAGAAGUUGGGCUUUUUAUGGAUGAGACUUAUUUGGAAGGAGAUGUGAUAUCAGGUUGCGGGAGAAGAGUGAUUUUCUCCGUAUUUAGGUUUUUAAAGGACGUAGUCUUAAUCUGUAUUGUGCCAAAGCUGAAUCAUUGUUCAAUGCCAAACUUUCUAAGACAUAACCAGUCAAGUCUUAAUUCUAGGUAUUUUCUUAAAUUGUGUGCUUCCUCUGUUGCUUCCGUGAAUGGUUUCUAGCCAAAGUGCAGCCUGUGUUGUUGACUGUGCAUCCCAAUUACUUCUGACUUCUAUUUUUGGUAAUGGAAGACUUUGGAAUCAAUUCCUCAGUGGGUCUUGUAUUUAUACAUUUGGUUUGAAGCCUUAUUUGUAUAUAAUGAUGCUUUUUUUUUUAACACUUAGAACACUAUUUAUUUCUCAAGUGUAUAUAAUGUAUAAAAACAAAUAUAUGGCUAGUUUUUAUUUUCAAAUUAACCAAUUUUGAGAUUGAAAAUUUUUAAUAGUAAAAUAAUAA